AUGUCUUUCUUUGAGGUUCCUGGAUGGUCUGUGCCCACCAAGCCUGCUCUAGACUCCAACUCGCGAAAACGCAAGCGGCCUCAGCCCGACGAUGCAGACAAACUCCAAGGGGCGGAGGUCAACUUCGAAAAACUCAUGAAGAAGCUGCACACGGACGAUUCCAAGACAUCAGACUCUCCUCGAACAAAGUCCAACAAGAAAAACAAGAGGGCACGAGGUGGUGACAAGGCUGACCAUGGGAAGUCUGUCGCAAAGCAACAGACAGGGCAUCAGGAAAAGGAGUCGCAGGAACGUCCACACGCUGCUGUAUCCCCGCCGCCACAGAAAAACAAGUCCUCGAAGAAAGGCAAAGCUCCCGCCUCUUCGCCGACGAGCACACCUCCUACGCCUUCGAAAAAGAAGAAUGCGCCACAGAAAUCGAAUGGAGGGUUGACAGCACUUCAAAGUAACAUGAAGAGCGGUCUAGACGGUGCACGUUUCAGAUGGAUCAACGAGGUGCUGUACAAGUCGGAUAGUGAGAGCGCACACAAGAUGAUGAGAGAAGACAAGAACGUUUUCGACGAGUAUCACAAGGGCUUUCGUCACCAAGUCGAAUCUUGGCCUUCGAAUCCUGUCUCACAUUAUAUCGCGACAUUGGCUUCGUAUCCUCCGAAGAGCGUCAUCGCAGACCUUGGGUGUGGUGAUGCUGCACUAGCUCAAGCUCUCAUCCCUCAAGGAUUCACCGUCCUUUCUUUUGACCUUGUUGGCGACGGCGUCUUCGUCCUCGAGGCCGAUAUUUUUGGACGGCUCCCGUUACCUGGCUCGGAGGUCGCGGGUGAUAACAGUGAGGUAAACAAAACCGAAGGACAUGGCCAUGUCUGUGACGUGGUCGUAUGCGCUCUCAGUUUGAUGGGCACGAACUGGCCAAACUGUAUCCGGGAGGCCUGGAGGGUUCUUCGUCCUGAUGGGGAACUCAAGAUCGCCGAGGUCUCCAGCCGUUUCACUGAUGUCGAGCGGUUCAAGUCAUUUGUCUCGUCAUUCGGGUUUCGUCUGAAAACUCAUGAUGAUAGCAACUCUCAUUUCACACUGUUCGACUUCAAGAAGAUCGCCCGAAAACCGAAGCCAGAUAGUGAAUGGGAGAAGCUCCUCCAGCAAGGUCAGAUCUUGAAGCCUUGCGAGUACAAACGACGGUAG